AUGGUGAAAACUUCAGAUGGAAAUGAAGAUGUGCUGCCGAGGCAGAUUGGGUGCAUCAACGGCAUAUUUCAGCUCUUCAAUCAUCGCCUCUUUUUCGUUGGUCGGAGUUUUGGGAGCCACCCACGCAAGAGGCUACUAAUAGGUUCCCAACAACAAUUGGAGCCUCGUAAUGCAACAAAAGCAGUCAUAGCGAAAGAUCCGGAUUUGCAGAAGGGAAGAACACGAGAGUCCUCGGAAUCACCAGAAGCCUCCUCUCCAUCUUCUUCUCACUCAUCCACACAUUCAUCCAUGACAGGACAGAAGCAUCUAUUGAAUAGAGGCCUCGAGUCCUCCGAUAUUCGAGGACUAGUGAAAGACUCGAUGUACAGAGAAGCUCGUGGCAUGAAGCACGUCGAUUCUCCCAGACCUUUGCAGAGGUCCAAAGGUGCAAAGGAUAUACUCCCUCGAUUUUCUUAUGAUGGAACUGGAAGAGAAACACACGAUGCAGUUAAGACGAACACGAAGCUUAAAGAAAAUCCAAGAUUCUCACUUGACAGUAAAGCAAGUUCCUUGAUCCAUUCAGCCCUUGAAUCAAGAUUGAAUUCUCUUUGCUGUAAAGUUCCUCCAGUGACGAAGGAAUCCGGAAGUCAUAGUCGAUCAUCGAGCAUCGUGACAAAGCUAAUGGGGUUGGAUGAUUUCCCGAAUUCCAUCAUCACAGAUGAGAGUUCUACUGCAAGCCCCAAAGUAGCUUUUCUUUCAAAACCACCCACUGCAGCUGAGAGAAGACAGCUAAAACAAGUUUCUUUCUCACAAUCUGUUUCUCGAAAGAAUCCCGCUACACAAUCGCCACAACAUCGCAGGGCCAUUUCUGCCGUAAAAACAAAUGCACGGUCAAAGCUGCCAUUGGAAUCCGCUCCAUGGAGGCAUCAAGAUUGUAGUAAAAAACAGUCUCAGAAGAUGGCUAGACAAAGUGGGAAAGCUCCAGCAGAUGGCUCGUUUCCAUCUUCUUCGGUUUAUGGUCAAAUCGAGAAGAGGAUAACAGAGCUCGAAUUUAAAAGGUCUGGCAAGGAUCUCAGAGCUCUUAAACAGAUACUUGAAGCAAUGCAGAAAACAAGAGAGAAAGUGGAAAAUCAAAGACAGAAAUCUGAUGAACUCAAAUUGCAAGAAAGCGCUUUGGAGGACAGCUGCUCCGAUCAGAAUUCUAGCUCGUUGAUGUUGCAGAACAGAAAGACAUUCCAGCAGCAGCCGGCUCUGACCACAAAGGAGACUUUCCGUCCUAAGCAGUUGACUUCUUCCACUGGGACAACGAAGUUGACAGGAAAAGUCAAAAUCUCGAGUUCCAGAAGCCACGAUUCUAAAUAUGACAGAGAGAAUCAAGCAAGCAGAGAAAGAGCACAUCACCGUACAUCAAUGAACAACAAUGUGAUAGAUCCCAAUCAACGUUUUCCUUGCAUUGACAAGAAGAUUACCUCGAGAAAUGUAGAAUCAGAGCAUUCUGCACCUCAACGAGAAAGAGCAGAAAAUUGCACUACCUCUGGAAGAGGUUCGCAAAUGGUGAGUCCAAGACUGCAAUAUAUUGUACUGAAGCCUGAAAGAGGAUCUCGUCCUAACACCUCGACAUCAGAGUCAGAGAGUGCCAGAACGCAACUAAGCAAGAGAGUAAGAGAAAAGUGUUGUGAGAAGGGGAAACACAGAGUGAAAUCAAUGGAUUUGAGCAGCCUUAGCAGUGAGACAAGAUACUCAAGUUACCAUGGUGAUACGGCUUCUUCAAAAUCAGAGAGCAACAAUAGUGUAGCAUCACAGGCAGAAACAGAUGCUGUAAGCUCGGUUAAUCUCUUUAGCUUGAAUUCCAGAGAACACCAGGAUUAUGUGACAACACCAAAAGAAGACAUGCCCGCAGUGAUCACAAUGGAACAACCAAGUCCAGUUUCAGUUCUCGACACUCCAUUCUACACUGAAGGUUCACCAUCACCUGUAAAGAAGAUAUCAACAGCUUUUCAAGACGAGUGCCCAAGUCCUGAUGAGGCAGAAUGGAAUCUUCAGAAUCUGAAUCAUUUAGCAGCCUCCACAAAAUCUGAUUCCAGUUACAGAAACAAUCAGCAGUCAGAAAAUCUGUUCGACUUAAUUCACGAGUCUGGAUUGUUGAAGACCAAACCAAAAGGAAGUGCUGCAAAUGGCAAUGAAUAUGCAUAUCAGAGCACUAAUCCAGAAGAGAGAUACAUUAACAAGAUGCCACCAGAAUUGGGACUCUUCAAAGACACGAGCAUCAUCCAAAUGGAUAGCCAUCUCCUUUUCUUGGGCUUCAAUUCCAACACAUUCCAUGCCCUUCAAGAAGAGGAUGAUACACUUGAGUAUUCAAAUGAUGAACUCUGCGAAAAUACUGAUAAGAUGAAAAAAAAUCAGAAAAUCCAGAGAAAAAUUGUUGCUGAUGUGGCAAAUGAAAUACUGGUUCGUAAAAUAACUUCAGGCAGGUUAUCUACAACAAGCAGGAGAAUGAGCUUACAGAGGCUUAUGAAGGAAGUAUACUUGGAGAUGGAACAAUUAUGCAGGAUGCCACAUUGCAAUGUUGAUGAUGAGGAUGACGAAUCGAUCAGAGCCUUACAUGUCGAUAUGAAGUAUCAAUCAGAUGACUGGAUCUGUUACAGUGGUGACAUACCAGCCUUGGUGUUGGACAUAGAACGGCUGAUUUUUAAAGACCUGGUAAAUGAGGUCAUUCACAUGUGAUGUCUCUUGCAGGAAACAGCUGAUUUUUAAAGACCUGGUAAAUGAGGUCAUUCACAUGUGAUGUCUCUUGCAGGAAACUUUUUACCAAGUAGUAUAACCGUCUGGUUCUUUCUUAUUUUGUAAAUACAUAUAUUUUAGCUUUGAAAAGCACCUUAGAAGUAUGACAUGUACAGCAGAUCAAAUUUUUUUGAAAAGAAUCAGCUGUUUCCUCAAAA